AUGCGAAAACUUCUGCCUUUUCUGAUAUUUUUGUUUCUUAGAGAAUGUUUUGGACACGGAAGUUUCGCGAAAAAGCCACAUGUUAUUUUUAUUCUCAUCGAUGAUUUGGGCUUUGAUGAUUUAGGCUAUGUCAACCCCGAUGUCAAAAGUCCCAAUAUUGAUUACCUCGCGAAAAAUGCACUGCAUAUCGACAAGUAUUACAAUCAACCUUCCUGUACUCCCUCUCGAGCAGCUCUAAUGACAGGCCGGUACAAUAUUCGAUAUGGUCUUCAAUCAGGAGUGAUAAAGCCCGAUGAACCAGAAGCAAUUCCCUUGUCCGAGACUCUCCUUCCUGAAGCAUUCAAACAGUGUGGCUAUCAAACCUCAAUGCAUGGCAAAUGGCAUCUUGGAUUUUAUACCAAAUAUCAUUGCCCGCAAAAUCGAGGUUUCGACAGAUUCUUCGGCUUCUAUCUCGGCUCACAGGAUUAUUUUUAUCACGACUCGGGAAACAACUGCUAUCUCUACUCCCCGUGUUACAGAGGCGAAAUUGAAGGACCGCCAAAGAAGAUGGAACUUAUGGAGAAAAAAAUAUACAGACCAGCUGGUUUUGAUUUUAGGGAAGUUUACAGUAAUGGAACCGAGAAAAUAAGAUUCGAUCUGAACGGCACUUAUUCGACAAAGGCGAUUGCGGAUGAUUUCAUCGCAAAACUCGAUGAUUUCGAUCCUGAAACACCCCUUUUUGAAUUUCUUUCUUUCCAAGAAGUUCACGGUCCGCUGCAAUGGCUUCCCGAGUUCUCGACCCUUUUCAAGGAAACACCUUGGACGCAUUAUCGAAAAAUGCUCUCUAGAAAAAUCGCCGUCGUAGAUCACUUUAUCGGGGAAAUCGUGAAAGCGCUGAAGGAAAAGGGAUUUUGGAAAGAUACACUUUUGAUCAUCACUUCUGACAAUGGCGGUCAAACAAGAGAAGGAGCUUCAAACUGGCCCUUGAGAGGAAAAAAGGGGAAUAUCUUCGAAGGGGGAAUCAGAAGUCGAGCUUUUGUUCACUCGCCCAAGCUGCCAGAAAGUCUCAAGGGAAAGUCCUUUCCUUACGUCAUGCACGUGACCGAUUGGCUUCCGACUCUCCUUCGAUCUGCUGGCUGCGAAGUUCCUCCUGAAACGCUGCCUCUCGAUGGCGUUGCUCAAGAUCUCUUCCAUUUACGACCCGUUCCAAAACGCUCCCACCUCCUCAACUUCAUGGAUCCGCUCAAAAGGGCAAAGCGCGAACUCGACAGCCGGGAAUUUCAAGUCCUGUCGAACAGGACUUUCGACGUGACCGUCAAAGCCGCCAUCCGUUCAGAAAAUUGGAAGCUGAUUACCGGCCGCCCUUGUCACUGGGGCUGCUCUUUUUCGCAAAAAAAGAAUUUGAAAUAUGAACCGGACAAAGUUGCGCUCGAAGAUGUAGAAGAAGAUAAACUGGUGAGGCUCUACGCGAUCACGGAGGACGAAGGAGAAAGGAAUGAUGUUUCGGAUUCGUAUCCAGAGUUGGUCGACAAGUUUCUUCUCAAAUUAGCUGAUUACUACGACGAGCAAGUCAAGCCCCAACAAGAAGCAUCCGACCCUGCUGCACUCCCAAUCGACGGAGUUUGGCGACCUUGGAGAAAAAGAGAAACAUUCGUCUACGAAAAACUCAGAAAGAAAACUGUUUUUUCAAAUAAUCAAGCUCGAGAAACAGAUUUGAAUUAUUUUGAAUCGACUGUUGAUAAAUAA